CCGGUUCAUACGUGGAUGGGGGGCCGGUUUUAGCUGGCUGCGUUGCUGUAGUAACCAGCUCUCUAUAAAUACUGCGUGGACCGUUUACCGGCUUCCACUCUAGUUUCAGUCCUGACAGAGGCUGCAUUUUCAGCACUGCUUCAUUUUUUUAUCCCAGCAUUCUGGUCUAAUGGACACACUCUUUGUAAAUGCUUUUUAAGAAUAAUCAGUCUUGGAAGACACACACUGGCUCCUCAGCAGGCCCUGGCCUUGAGUCUUAUUUGAAGGGAUUUAACUUCACUGGUGAACCGCCUUGGCUGCUCUGUACCUGAGUAACUGCACCAAUCAAAUUUCAUCACUUUCAUAUCCAAUUUCCUAGUGACUAAUCAAAAGGAUUUAUUGUGAGCAUGGAAACUGCCACCGAGUUUGACUUCUCUUUCCUUGAGGAGGGCUUCUCUGCACGGGAUAUCGUCGAGCAGAAAAUCAAUGAGUCAUCCAUGACGGAUGACAGGGAUGCAUUCUACGUCUGCGACUUGGGGGAUGUGCUCAAGAAGCACCUGCGCUGGGUGAGGGCCCUGCCUCGCGUCACUCCCUUCUACGCCGUCAAAUGCAACGACAGUCAGGCUGUAGUCAUGACCCUGGCCUCCCUGGGAGCUGGCUUCGACUGUGCAAGCAAGACGGAGAUUCAUAUGGUUCAGUCUCUGGGAGUGGAUCCAAGCAGAAUCAUCUAUGCCAACCCCUGCAAGCAAGUUUCCCAGAUCAAGUACGCAUCCGCCCACGGGGUUCGGAUGAUGACCUUUGAUAGCGAGGUGGAACUCAUGAAAGUGGCCCGCUGUCAUGAAAAUGCCAAGCUGGUGCUGCGUAUUGCCACAGAUGACUCUAAGGCGGUGUGUCGCCUGAGUGUGAAGUUUGGUGCGACACUCAAAGCAUGUCGUGGUCUGCUGGAGAAAGCUAAGGAACUGGGGCUCGAUGUGAUUGGCGUCAGCUUCCACGUUGGCAGUGGAUGCACCGACCCCGAGACCUACUCUCAGGCUAUCGCUGAUGCCCGUUAUGUCUUCGAUAUUGGGGCUGAGCUGGGCUACAACAUGGACCUGCUGGACAUCGGAGGUGGAUUCCCUGGUUCAGAUGAUACUGAACUCAAAUUCGAAGAGAUCACCGCAGUCAUCAGCCCAGCUCUGGAUAAGUAUUUCCCCGCUGACACCGGCACUAAGAUCAUUUCUGAGCCAGGGCGCUUUUAUGUGGCUUCUGCUUACACACUGGUUGUCAACAUCAUCGCCAAGAAGGUCAUCAUGGACGAGGACUCCGCCUCUGAUGAGGAAGACGAGGGGACCACAGAUAGGACCCUGAUGUACUAUGUAAACGAUGGUGUUUAUGGAUCCUUUAACUGUAUUCUUUAUGACCACGCUCACUGUUUGCCAACACUACAUAAGAAGCCAAAGCCAGAUGAGGUCAGGUACCCCUGCAGUAUCUGGGGCCCGACUUGUGAUGGACUUGAUCGCAUCGUCGAGCAGUGCUUCCUGCCUGACCUGCAGGUGGGCGACUGGCUGGUCUUUGAUAACAUGGGGGCCUACACGGUGGCCGCUGCUUCCACCUUCAAUGGCUUCCAACGACCCGACAUUCACUAUGUCAUGUCCCGCACUGCCUGGCAACACGUGCAGCAGAUCUGUUCCCAGGGCAUGCCAGCUCCUGCGGAGGAGUCCUCCCUGUUGGAAGUGCCGGCCUGCUGUGGACGAGAGAGCAGCUUGGAGAUGCCCACUAAGCCCUGCCAGGCCCCUGUGGUGUAAACACAUACUGUACAUCACAUCAAUGUUCUCCUUAUCUAGCAUCUCUUUGUUAUUAAUAAUUAUUGGAGUUUUUGUCUUUAUUUUUCUUUUGUUCUCCCCAUAUGUCAUGACAUGUUGAAGGCCAGUCACUUGACAGGAGAACGAGAGGGGCAUGUUGUUGCACAAACGUCUGUGUUCUGUACGGAAGUGAGGAUCAACCCUUGAUGAAAUGAGGCUGAAUCACACUCUUGAGUGUCUCUGUAAGUUCCAGGCAGAGUGUCACAGGGCUACUCUGUAAUCGGAAAUUGUUGCUGUAGUAUUCCCGCCCUUAAUUUUCAGGAAAGUGACUUAAGAACUUGAGUACUGUUAGUUUAUGAAGAAAUUAUUAGUGGAACUGAAAUACUGUAGGGACUCGCAACACUUGAAACUGUAUAAAAAGUCCAAGAAGUAAGGGGUUGCUAAUGCUAUUAAUUUAAUAAUUAAAGAAUUGUACCGGAUGUUUUCACGUUAGGCUAAUUCCAGUGCUUACAGACUGCAAAAUGUAAAGUGGGGGGAGGGUGAGGGUAGUUUAUUAUAAAAUGGCUGAGCCUUUAAAGCCCUGUUAGCAUCUGAAGUCACAACCCUAACUAGUAACUUGCAAAGAGGUGGUCGGAGGGGUGAUUUAAAUCCUCAUUAAAUGGCUGCUAUGUUUAUAUUUAUCACUUCCAUGAUCUCCACUUCUGUACGGAACCUCUCGAGUGUUAAUCCUGAAGAUAAUAACAUGUAAAGUCACUUUUUGUUUACUUUUAUGUACACAUAGAGCAUUAUAGAUGCACUCACAGGUGCCACCAAAUACACAUCUUCAAGAUUAACACUUCAAACACAGGGACUCAAGAAGCAUACUGAACCUCUCGUCUUCUCCUGUUUUUAUUUUCAGUUUUUUUUUUUUUUUUUUUAACUUGUAGACGUUAAGAAGUCUGUUAAUGAAGAGACGGGAUUGCAUAUUCAUAACGCUUUCCUAUGGAAACUUUUUGGAGUUUUGUAUUUUUUUAAUAAAUAAAAACAUUAGAUGCAGAGCAAAAUGUGUUGUGUUUUGUACAUGCGGGACAGAAAAUGUCAUAAGUACCUGUAUGGAUCAUGAAACAUUCUUCAGAGGAUGUUUCAAGAGUUCCAUCUAGUGUUUGCUGCAGGGACUGUGACACUUCAUCAGUGCAAACUUCUAUUAACAGCUGUUACAUGAAUUAGUCUUUCUUUUCACAUGCCAAAUCCUAAAAAUAAUUUAACUAUCUUCCAGAAAGUCACCUUAAGAAUAUGUUUGUUACCUUGUAAAAGUAAUAUGAUGAUGCAUGUAUAUAUUAUACAUUCACUAGUUAUAUUACACAUCUAACUACAUGUACACUGGCUCAGAUAAUGAAAAAUGACUAAAUUAGUUACCAUGGCUUAGCAGCCAAAGAGGAAUGAAUAAAAGUCAGCGCUGAGCUUCAGUUGGGAAUGUUCAAAACAACAGAAAAAGUCAGAAUCUUGGUGUAGUCAUGGACUCUGACCUGAAUUUCAACAGUCACAUUAAAACAAUUAAAAAGUCCGCCUACUAUCACAUUGAGAAGACAUCUUUAAUGUCUAAUGUCAGCAGGAUUUGGAAAAAAAGUGUCCAUGCUUUUAUCUUUAGUAGACCACUGUAAUGGUGUCUUUACAGAUCUCACUAAAAUAAUUGAUUUCAAAGUUCUGCUGCUGGUUUAUAAAGCACUGAAUGGUUUAGGCCCAAAAUACAUUUCUGAUCUCCUGCUACAUUAUGAACCGUCCAGAACUCUCAGGUCUUCCGGGACGAGUAUGCUUUCUGUCCCCAGAGUCAGAACUAAACAUGGAGAAGCAGCGUUCAGUUAUUAUGCUCCAAAUAUCUGGAACAAACUCCCAGAACCCUGCAGGUCCGCUGCAACUCCUACUACUUUUAAAUCCAGGCUGAAAUCAUUUAUUUUUGCCGUUGCUUUUAAUUGAACUGUUCUUAUCUGACGUUGUAACUUUUAUUUAUGUACGUUAUUUAUAUUUGCUUGUUUAUUUUAUUCUCUUUGCUUUUUAAUGACUGUUUUUAUAAUGUGUUUCCAUUACACUAUUUCUUAAUGCCUUUAAUGAAUCAAAAGUUGCUAUGAAAAUAAACUUGCCUUGCCUUCAA